AUGAGUGAAUUCCUUAGCAAAAAUGGUGUAUUUCAUAUUAGAACUCCACCAUACAACCCCUCUUCGAAUGGGGCAGCGGAGAAUACAGUUAAAACUUUUAAACAAUUCUUAAAGAAAUGUGCUAAAAAUACUGACAUGGAUACUAAUAUUUGUAAUUUUGUUUUAACAUAUAAUAGUACUAAACAUUGUGCGACUGGAGUUAGUCCAGCAGAGUUGCAUUUAGGCAGGCCUUUAAAUACAUCACUUGAUAGAUUAGUACCUUUUGCUAAACAUAAAUAUAAUUAA